GUUAUCAUUUAUCAGUCAGAUAAUUCGAUAUAUUGCAUAGACUAUUAUAUUAUACUCUGUGAUAGACCUAUAUUGUUAUAUUUUCUUCAUUCGUGUCUGUUUCGUUUAUUAAUUUUGAAAAACAUGUCGAAAAAUAAUAUGAAGAGACCUCGUUGCACUAAUUUCUCUGCUACGGAAGAGAAUACGUUGGUCGAGUUGGCCGCAAAAUAUUCUAGCGUGUUGGAAUGUAAAAAAUCAGACCACGAUGUUUGGCAGUCGAAAAUCGCUAUAUGGAUGAAAAUCCAAGAACAAUUUACUGCCACAACAGGCAGUUUAAGAGAAGUGCAAAAUUUAAAGGAUAAGUAUGAGAACUUAAAAAGGAAAGCCAAGAAGACAGAAGCGGAUAGGAAAAAAGAGGUUUUCAAAACAGGAGGUGGAACUGCACAUUCCACUGUAGCACCCUCAGCAACACAUAAAGUCUUAAUUGAAAUCAUGGGAUCAUCAGCAGUAGGGCUACAAAACAUUUUCGAUGGAGACAAAACAGGAAAACCGUUAGUAAAUACAGAGGACAUAGAGAUUGGCCGAGUACAUAAUUUGGAUGAUGAAUUCAUAUAUACAUAUGAUGAUGCAGUAGAGCAUAUAGAUCAACCUGAAACUGAUUUUGUAGGCAAUCCUGUGGUAGUUGUCUCAGCUGAUACUGUAGAGCAUAUAGAUCAACCUGAAAUUGAUUUUGUAGAUAAUCCUAUGGCUGUUGUCACACCUGAUACAGUGCAACAACAACAUAUGUGGGCCAAGUGGAAUCCAGAGGUUUUGAAAAAUAAUAAAAGUGCGGAGUUAACCCCUAUUGCUUUAAAAAAAAAUAUUAAGACCACUUUAGGGGACAGCGUGAAAAAGUAUUCGUUAGAAAAGCUGAAUUUAAUAAAAAAUCAAACACAAUAUUUUGAGAAUGAAGAGAAAAGGGCUCAGGAGAAACACAAUGCCGAAGAAUUGCGAGCUCAGGAAAAACAUGAAUGGGAACGAGCACAUUUCAAAUUAAUGUGUGAUAAGUUGAGGUAUGAAGUAAUGGAUUUAAAACAAGUAAUUAUUGAUAAUUUUGUUAAUACAAUGUUGGGUGCAUGUGUAGAUAUAUAGUAUAAUAUAUAAUUAUGUACUAUCACAGUCAGGGGUGGACUGGGAGGUCACCUCCCAAAACAAGGUUUAUGCUUAAAGGGGAGUUGCAAACAUAAAACUUGUAUAUUUUUUAUUUAUACAGUAAAAUGUUAUUGUUUUUGCUAAAUAAAUUAUUAUUAUUAAAUUAAAAAAAAACAUAGUCUUCAUGUAAAACGAUAAUA